ACAGAUCCACGACCAGCCACCUUGAGAGCAAGAAGCCAGGUGCUCGGCAACUUGUAGGAGUCCGUGGACGGUUUCAGUGGGCGGGGGGACCUCGCUUCUCAUCGGUGCCAGACCCGCGGAGGAAACCUCGCACCAGGCGGCAUAAAAAGGUAACGUUAAAGUCUUUAUUUUGAAGUUAAAAUGAAGCGGACUCCUAGCUAACUUCCUAAAAGAGACGUCCCGGAAUCACAGCGGCGGCGGCGCGCGCGCGCGGCUAACAUUAGUGAGCCAAUUGACGCCGUCGUGUGUUUUAACGUCAGCCUGACGUCACCAAAAGACACAGAAACGAGGAGAAUAGCCACGUCGAGUUACACGUCAAAAAGAAGAAAAGAAAAGAAAGGUGGACACGAUUUAAAGCUCAAGCUCGCGGCCGACGCGCGUGUCUGUUGUUGUAACGGGGCACGCGCGUUUUAGCCGUUACAAAGCUGGUAACAUAAAGACACGUUUCGCGCUGUGUCCUCGCGCGCGGGACGUUAUAGCUUGUAGGUGACGUCACGGGAGCCCGUACGUAACGUUGCUCUCCCCGAGUGUGUCGAGGGCGGCGCGGCUCACUGUGAAGGGGGCGUGGUGUCACGAAGAGCCAUGUCAACAAGAGGGAAUGCUCACAUGUCCGACACUCACCGAGGCGUUUGAACGCGCGCGCACACACACACACACUCGUAGAACCGGACACGGGACACGAUGGAGGAAUGUGGGACAAUAGGACGCGUAGCACCGGGGCCAGAGAGCCCCGGCUGAACCGACGGUGACCUCGCCCCCCCCCCUCGCGUUACGGUAACAUUACCUUCAUUCUUCAUCACGUGUGAUCCACAUUUAGUCUCGCCUGCCUCAUUAGAAACGACCCUCAUCAUGUAUAACAGCUGUUACGCAACAUCUGGACUUCCUGUAAAAUAUAUAUGUUUUAAAUCUCCCCCCCCCCCCCCCAAUGAAAAUAGAUAAUCCAUCAAAAGAGUGGAUCACAUUUUGGGAAACAUUUAUAAUAAUAUAUAUAAUAGUCCAGCGUCGGAAAAACACCCUAGGGAAAAAAAGCCCUUAAGAAAUAUAAUUUUGCCCCUGAUAUCAGUAGGAGAGGCACAAAAUAGACCCCCAUAACUUUCUCUAAUACUUAUGAUUAUUUAAUGAACUUGUUAAAAACAUUGUGGCCUAUAUGACCCGGUCCAGAAUCUGUAUACUACUGCCUAAUAGUCUUAUUAUUGCCUAAUAGUCUAUUAUUGCCUAAUAGUCUUAUUAUUGCCUAAUAGUCUUAUUAUUGCCUAAUAGUCUUAUUAUUGCCUAAUAGUCUAUUAUUGCCUAAUAGUCUUAUUAUUGCCUAAUAGUCUUGUUAUUGCCUAAUAGUCUUAUUAUUGCCUAAUAGUCUUAUUAUUGCCAUUUGAUGAUAAUUGCUCAUAAACUGUAAGCCUGAAUAAGUAUAUUUAUUGUUUUUGAACAAAGGUUAAAUAUUAUUUCACAAGUUUAAAAAGUGCCCCCAAUUUAUUUUUAAUUGCCCAUAGAUUUCCCCCCCCCCCCCCCCCCAAAAGAUGUAAAUGUCUACCGCCGAUCUGAUGUCAGGCCGAUUUGAGAUCAAUUUAAAGUACCAGACAUGAGUCUGUGACAUGUAGUAUUGUGUGUGCGUGUCUCCCUUCAUCUAGACUUACUCUAAGGAGAGACCCCCCCCCCCCCCCCUAACCUUUCUUUCUCUUAGAUCCCUUGUUUCCAUAAACGGACAUCUUCCCUGCAGCGGUCCUGACUCGGUUGUCGGGCCUCGGGUUACCGGCCGUGUCGGUCUGUUCGAGCUGCUGCCGCGACUACAGCUGUCCUCGUCCUUUGUUCCUUCUACUACGCUGAUGUAUGGCAGCCUUGGAAGCCCAAAACAGGCUAAAUUGCCCUUUUUUAAAUCGCGUCUCACUGCUUCACAACCCUGGGCAACCGGCACAGAGCUGCGACAGCUGGAGAUACAGGUGGAAGACAAGUUAGUGGAUUAAUCCACGUUGUCAUUAUGGCGCCGAGUUAAAGACCUUUGACCCCUGAAGGUCACAUGAUGCAAUCAAUCAAGCGAGAGCUGGACUUCCCGAAGCCCUACGGCGCCGAGGGGACCGGCAGAGACCCGUCGGACCUCAACGCCUCCAGAACCGCCGGCCGCAGGAAGAGGGAGUUCAUCCCGACGGAGAGGAAAGACGAGCUCUACUGGGACCGCCGGCGCAAGAACAACGAGGCGGCCAAGCGCUCGCGGGAGAAGCGCCGGGUCAACGACGUGGUUCUGGAGAGCCGGCUGGCGGUCCUGGGCCAGGAGAACGCCGCCCUGAAGGCCGAGCUGCUGGCGCUGAAGCUGAAGUUUGGCCCGGCGAGCUCGGCCGCCUACGCCCGAGAAGUCUGGAGCGCCGCCGCCGACCGCCACCGGGGGCCCGCCCCGCCCGGCGCCGGACGAAGUUCUUCCAGCGGCGUGUCGGAGCGCGGCGGCAGCUGCAUCUCGGUCAUCAAGCACUCGCCCCACGCGCCCCACACCCGGGUCAAGGUGGAACCGGCGGAGAACCGCAGCUACGCUCAAGAGAACCGCAGCUACACUCAAGAGAACCGCAGCGACCCACAAGAGAACCGCAACUGCGCUCAAGAGAACCGCAGCUACACUCAAGAGAACCGCAGCGACCCUCAAGAGAACCGCAGCUGUGCUCAAGAGAACCACAGCGACCCACAAGAGAACCGCAGCGACCCACAAGAGAACCGCAGCUGUGCUCAAGAGAACCGCAGCUACACUCAAGAGAACCGCAGCGACCCACAAGAGAACCGCAGCGACCCACAAGAGAACCGCAGCUGUGCUCAAGAGAACCGCAGCUACACUCAACAGAACUGCAGCUGUGCUCAAGAGAACCGCAGCUACACUCAAGAGAACCGCAGCGACCCACAAGAGAACCGCAGCUGUGCUCAAGAGAACCGCAGCGACCCACAAGAGAACCGCAGCUGUGCUCAAGAGAACCGCAGCGACCCACAAGAGAACCGCAGCUGUGCUCAAGAGAACCGCAGCUACACUCAAGAGAACCGCAGCUGUGCUCAAGAGAACCGCAGCUACACUCAAGAGAACCGCAGCGACCCACAAGAGAACCGCAGCUGCGCUCAAGAGAACCGCAGCGACCCACAAGAGAACCGCAGCUGUGCUCUAGAGAACCGCAGCUGCGCUCAAGAGAACCGCAGCGACCCACAAGAGAACCGCAGCUGUGCUCAAGAGAACCGCAGCGACCCACAAGAGAACCGCAGCUGCGCUCAAAAGAACCUCAGUCCCUGCGGGUUCUCCCGGGCCGGCCCGUUGUGCGGCGCUUUCUCCCAGCAGCUCUCCGGCGGGUCGCCCGGCGCCUCGCCCCGGAGCUCGGACGACGGCGCCGUGAGCAAGUGGUCGGACGGCGAGGACGAGCAGCGGGUCCCCAGAGCGGCGGGCGACCCGAGGAGCGUCAUCGUCUCCACGCACAAGGCGCCGCACGCCGGUUCCGGCUCCUCCUCCGCUCUGCCCCACAAACUGAGGCUCAAGGCCAGAACCGUCCGCGUCAGAGCGGAGGCCGUGGAGCGAGAGGACGACCGGGCCGCCGGGCCUCGGGCCGCCGGGCCCCCCCGGUGCCCUCUGGCCCUGCAGGUCAGCGCCAUGCAGCGCUGGGCCCGGCGGAGCCGGCUCACCUCGAGCUCCGUCCCGUACGGGUCAGAACUAUCGGACGCCGGCCACUCGUUUCUCCCGAGAGGCUCCGCCUCCCCGAGCCGGCCGACCGCGCGGCAGGGGUCCGUGAGCGCCGGCCGGAGCCCCAGCUGACCGGCGUGAGCCGAGCGGCGCCGCGAAGCUCCGGAGGCAACUUUUUGUUUUCUACUUUUUUUAUUUCAUUGCAUUUCCACUGAAUUU